UUGCCAGGAAAAAAGUCAAUUCCCUCCCGUUCCUUUAGAAGUUAACAACGCGUAUCGGCAACUCUGCUGCUCCUUCAACUGCACACAAAAUGUCCGCUGCCGUUGGCCCAGAACCCACUACCGUGGUGUGUCCACAUUGCCAGGUCCAAGUGACCACUCGAACGGAGCCAAAGGCUACGACAAAAACGCACUUGUUCGCCCUGAUCAUGUGCCUUACCUGCCUCUGGCCCUGUGCUUGCUGCCUUUACUGCACGGAUUGCGCCCGGAGCACCACUCAUUACUGUCCAUCUUGCAAUAACUAUGUGGGAACCUAUGAUCGAUAAAUUAUCAAGAUUUAUACCUUUUUUUCAUGACUUAUAUUCUAAUUUCUUAUAAAAAAAAAAUAAAAUAAAAAAGUCAUUAUAUUAAAAUAAAA